UAUUUGGUCGUCCGUCCGUUACUUGAAAGUACGUAAUUCACGCGCAAGUCACGUGACGUCGUCUAGUGACGUGUCCUAAUUAGCAUGUAAGCAGGAAGUGUUAGCUCGACUGUCAACAUGCUAACAGACGAGAACAACGAUGAAGAUGUUUCUCUGUUUGACGCCGAGGAGGACGCCGGCCAAAGAUUGCCCAAGAGGACAAACAUGAAGCAUCCGGUGGCGUCCUUCUUCCACCUCUUCUUCAGGGUUUGUGCCAUCUUGGUCUACUUGCUCUGCGAGAGGAUCAGCAACGGGUUCAUCGGUGGCAUGGUGGCCAUCAUCCUGUUGCUCUCGUGUGACUUCUGGACUGUCAAGAACAUCACUGGCCGACUGAUGGUGGCGCUGAGGUGGUGGAACCAAGUGGACGAGGAUGGCCAAAGUCACUGGGUGUUCGAGUCCCGGAAGGUGACGAUCGUGAUUGCGAGCACGCCAAAAGGUCACGAGCGCUCUCCGGCCGCUGACGACAUUUUUCCUUUUCUUCAGGGGAUGAGGAAAAGGCAAAGUUCAGACUCGGAAUCUCGGAUCUUCUGGCUGGGUCUGAUCGUAUGCCCGCUGGUGUGGGUGCUCUUCGCCUUCAGCACCCUCUUUCAGUUCAACAUUAAGUGGCUGCCUGUGGUGCUGAUGGGGCUGGUGCUGCAAGGAGCCAACCUCUACGGAUACAUCAGGUGUAAAGUGGGAGGGAAGACGGACUUCAAAAAUAUGGCCACAAACUACUUUGGCAGGCAGUUUCUCAAACAGACUCUGUCCAAAGAGGAGGAAUCUUAAAAGUGUGGCGACUCUUCUGCUUCGGAGUUCAUUUCCACUACAAAUGCAAAACACAGUUUUGGUUUUGAUUUUAAUUUCUUUUUUAGUUGUUUAUUUGUGUUACUUGUCUGAUGAAAAUAUCCUUUUAUUUCCUCAUGACUCCAACGCUUCAGUGUGUAUGAUAAAGUUGUUGUGUUGUUUAUCAGGACAUUAUUUAUAUAAAAACAACAACAACAGUUUUGUGCAUAUACCUUUCAGAACUUUAUUAUUUAUGAAAAUCGUAGUAAUAUGAUUCAAUGUCUUACAUUGUGUUUACGCCGGCAUUAAAAAAAUACCGAGUUGUUUGCA